AUGUCAGGGCUGAGCUAUACCGAGCUGUGGAACGCUCUCCACUCCGUGCACCACCAUACCUUUCAGUCAAGUAACUACAUCCUCGGCGGGUCGUACCAGGGCAACCAGCCUCGCGAGUUUACACCUUCCAGCGUGGUCAACUCAACAGAUCCGGAGUUCUCCGGAGGGUCUCAAUGGAGCGGGGAUUCAGACGUGAAUGGGAGCGUCACUAUCGGCAAAAGGGAGACCACAUUGGUGGCGUCCGCUCCUAACACCCAUCACGAGAUGGGGUCGCUAGCAACGGCGGCCAAGCCCACGACUAAGACGCUGACAGGGUUACAGACGUUUCAACCACCCAUGUCUUCGCAGAAUCGCUUGGUGAUGCAAACUCCACAACAGAUGGACCGCGACUGGUAUAGCCUGGAACCUCAGUGGGAUCCCAAGCUCCGACAGGGUGGAGAGCAUUUUAAGGUUGCCGACAGUGACGCAGCCGAUGCCCUCCUAUCCAUGAAGCGGGCAUCGGUGGUGCACCUGAACCCGACACUCGUUAGUUCAAACCCGUCGAUGCAGCUCCGUGGCCGGGACAGUGGUCAGUCCAUGAAGGGAUUGAUGUAUGACGAGUUGACACCGUUCAUCGAGGAGAAAUCGGGCGGGGCGGAACAUCAGUCAUCACGGUCGAGGACUGCGUCCUCGGUUAUGCGAAACGCGCUGGGAUCGGACUCCGGAAGGGAAAUGCAUGAAGUUAAAGACGUUGCCCCAACAAAUUUCUGGCGCCAUCAGGACAUCUCCCGGAUGUACAGCACUUCACCUUAUGAGGGCUACGCUAUAUCGGCAAAGGCUGCCAACGAAUCUUCGUCGGAUACAGAAGAGCUCAGAUCGAGUGGGUACCACUCGUCCGACGGCUACCAGGCUACUGGGUUACUGAAUACAACGCACAUGUCACCGUAUAACAAACCAGGAGGGAAUGGGACCAGCGAAAGUGAUCGUUUCUUCGUGAGAUCCAGCGCCGGUGGCCAUUCCAGUGGUGGCGGCCAUUCCAAUGAAUUCACGAGCAGUAGAGGGAGCCUGAACGCACCACAACAACCACCAACCCUCGGUCCACAACCCUACAUCGCUGCUACUACUCCAGCCCAGAAAGCCAUCGCAUGGCGAGCCACUGAGGACACCCUUACCGUAAACAACAAUCUACAGAAACAAAAGACCCAACCUGCCACCAACCAGAACCACCAGUGUCGCAUCUGCGGCAAGGCGUGCACCCGCCCGAGUAGUCUGCGUACUCACAUACGGUGCCACUACGGAGACAAGCCGUACCUCUGUCAACUGUGCGGGAAGAACUUCUCGCAAGCUGCUAACCUCACUGCGCACAUGCGCAUCCACAGUGGAGAGAAACCGUUCAAGUGUACGGUGUGCAGUAGGAGUUUUUCUCAGAGCUCUUCAGUCAAGACACACAUGCGCACGCACACCGGGGAGCGACCGUACUCCUGUAACUACUGCUCGAAAUCCUUCUCAGACAGCUCGACCCUGAGCAACCACCGACGCAUCCACACUGGGGAGAAACCCUACCAAUGCAUCGUCUGCUACCGUCCAUUCAGCCAGUCUGGUAACCUGAACCGUCAUAUGAGAAUACACAGGCGGAGGCUGAGCGGGCAGCAGGCUGCGGCGGUCAUGGCGUGA